CAGUUUGCAAAAAAUUGUAACUUGUUACUAAACCCCGGACCCUGCAUUCACUAUAUCCGGUCUCUCCGGACCCUGCAUUCACUAUAUCAGGUCUCCCCGGACCCUGCAUUCACUAUAUCCGGUCUCCCGGGACCCUGCAUUCACUAUAUCCGGUCUCCCCGGACCCUGCAUUCACUAUAUCCGGUCUCCCCGGACCCUGCAUUCACUAUAUCUGGUCUCCCAGGACCCUGCAUUCACUAUACCUGGUCUCCCCGCACCCUGCAUUCACUAUAUCCGGUCUCCCCGGACCCUGCAUUCAUUAUAUCCGGUCUCCUCGGACCCUGCAUUCACUAUAUCCGGUCUCCCCGGACCCUGCAUUCACUAUAUCCGGUCUCCCCGGACCCUGCAUUCACUAUAUCUGCUCUCCCCGGACCC